AACUUUCUCAGUUGGAGCAAAACUUUUCAGAGUUGAGGAUGAUGAAGUGAGAGGCUGGACGCCAGCAGCUGAGUGAGUAACAACAGCAUGCAGAGAGAGGCUGGUAGUGUAUGAACAGAGAGAGGAUGAUAUCUUAAUUAUAGGUUUCUAUAAAUGUCUCCUGACCAGGCUGGAGGUUUCUUUUUUUCUAGGUAUUUGCUUUACAAAACCAACAGUUUUCUUCACUGGUUUGGUUGUGGUUGUUUGUUUUGUGAGAAGAAACUGUAGAUUAUUGAAAAUUUGAUUUAAUCAUUUUAUAUAAUGUUUGUUACAGAUAGACAGGAUAUUUUUCACUUCUAUUUCAAAAGAAGACAGUUUUAAAAUAAAAUUUUAAAGUAAAAAAAAAAAAAAACUUUUUCAUUAUAGUGAUUUUUAGAAAUGUCUGUUUAGCCAGUAGAAAGGAGUUUACUUCACAUCAUUAUGCUGCUGGCUCUGCUUCUGGUUCUGAGUCUUUGCUCUGACGCUCACUGCUUGGACGCUCACUCCUCUGAGCCGUCAUCAAUAACUAUCCAGUACCGGGUAUGGGAGGAACAGCCGAUGGGAACCCGGGUCGGCCGUCUGGUGGACGACCUCCGGCAGAGGGACGAAGGUGGUCCUCUGGAGGAUUUCCAGGUGGUGGAGCACGGAAAAGCCCUUCCCUUCUCUGUCAGCACUCGAGACGGUGUCGUCUCCACCCAGGGCCGAUUGGACAGGGAGGAGCUGUGCCGGGGGUCAGACUUGUGCGAACUGGCCUUCAGCGUCCUCUACAGGAAAAGCGGUGCUGUGAACUGCCUGCGGGUUCGUGUGGAGGUGAUGGACCAGAAUGACCACAGUCCCAGCUUCCCCAGCACGCUGCAGGAAGUGGAGAUCUCAGAGACGGCUGGCCUCAGGAUGCGAAUCCCUUUGGACCGGGCAGUGGAUCCUGAUGCAGGGCCUAAUGGCCUCCAGACCUACUCGCUGUCCGUCAACCAGCACUUUGCUCUGGAUGUGACAGUCGCUCCAGGUGGGACAAAACAGGCAGAGUUGGUGGUGAUCAAAGAAUUGGACAGGGAAGUUCAGACCUCAUUUGACCUCACCCUGAUGGCAUGGGAUAAAGGGAACCCCCCCAGGUCUGGGAGCACAUUGGUCCAUGUUAAUAUUCAAGACUCAAAUGAUAACAGCCCCACGUUUGAGGACAGCACUCCCACUUUGGAGCUACCUGAGGAUACAGCCCGUGGGACAACCAUCAUCAACCUCAAGGCCACUGACCCAGACGAGGGUGCCAAUGGGGAAGUGGAGUAUUCACUCAGUAAGCACACACGUCCAGAGGUACAGAGGCUCUUCUAUGUGGAUCCUCAAACCGGAGCUAUAAGUCUCACAGCACCUCUGGACUACGAGGCCCAGGACUCUUAUGAAGUAAUCAUACAGGCCCGUGAUCGCGGGCCCAAUGCGAUCCCCACGCACUGCAAAUUGCAUGUCAAGCUUACAGAUGUAAACGAUAAUGCACCAAGGAUACACAUGACCUGGACUCCACCCAACUCACCUGUGGCAACUGUGCUGGAAGGAGCACUAGAGGACACCUUCCUUGCUCUGGUGAUGGUCUCUGAUGCAGAUUCAGGAGAAAAUGGCAAAGUGAGAGCACACAUUCAGCCAGGAUCUGGCCCUUUCUGCCUUAAACGUAUCCAUGGCGACAAUUACAUGAUUGUUACCAAUGGCAGUCUGGAUCGAGAGAAGGUAAUGCAGUAUAAUAUCACGCUCCUCGCCCAGGACUAUGGAGAUCCCCCUCUGUCUUGUGUUAAACAUCUGCCUGUCUAUGUUCUGGAUGAGAACGACAAUGCCCCGGUGUUCUCCACCUCCAUCUAUAAGGCUUCCUUCAAGGAGAAUAACAUGGCAGGUUACCACGCUCUCAAAGUUGAAGCCCACGAUGUUGACCUGGAGCUCAGUGGAAGAGUCUCCUACUUCAUACCCGACUCCAAUGAAGUGGAAACGAACACACAGUCUUUCUCCAUCCACCCGACCAGUGGUGUCAUAAGCGUCCAGCGUCCUCUAGACUACGAGGAAUCUCACACCUAUUCUUUCAUUGUGCAGGCCGUUGACCAGGGUCAUCCGCCUCUCACCAGCACGACCACCGUGCAAAUCAACAUCCAGGAUGUGAACGACAACUACCCAGUAAUCAAGGAGCCAAAACCCAGAAAGGGUGUGGCUUCUCUAAGUGUACCUGUCAAUGCAGACAAGGGGGAGAUUGUGACCGAGCUAGGGAAUGACAUGGAAGAGGGAUCCACCACUUUGCCGAUCAAUCACUCAGUCAGAGAGGGACUUGUUGGAUUCCUCGCAUCCACCAUAAAGGCAGAAGACCCAGACUCGGGGCUGAACGGACAACUCAGCUACCUCAUCACUGACGGAAACCCCUAUGGACUGUUCUGGUUGGAUCAUACUACAGGCCAACUGUUUGUUAACACCACCAACGCUACUGAGCUAAUUGGGAAAACCUUUAAGGUGAACAUUGCUGUGUCUGACAUGGGCAGUCCCAGUCUGGCCACCAAGGCGACUCUGGAGGUGACUUUCAUCAAUCUCAAGGACCAUCUGAAGAACUCGUCACCUGGUAACCGCGGACAGCUCAGCUUCACCAUGAUGAUGGCGAUCUGCCUGGGUGCCACCUGCCUGCUGCUUCUGUUGGCCGUUGCUUUGGUGACAACAUUCUGCCGCCCAGAGAAACGGGACAACCGGGCUUACAACUGCAGACAGGCUGAGUCGACCUACACCCGUCACCCGCGGCGCCCACAGAAGAACAUCAGGAAGUCUGAUAUCCAGCUAAUUCCUGUCAUAAGAGGGCGAAAGGAGGAGCCUCUUGAGGAUGAUAGUGAAGCCCAGCCACUGGCUCCAUCUCCAAUGAUGUCAGACGAUCAAAAAACUGAGAGACAGUAUACCUUAACGCCAUCAGUCAUGAACACAAGCUUCCAUUCCCAAGGCUACCCAGAAGGGGAUGCCACUCAACCUGUCACCUACCACUGCAAAACGCUUCGGAAACCUGGAAACAUCGAACUUGAUGGCAGUUUUCCUCUGACGCCCGCCACAUCACAUCGGACUCUUCGGAAAGCCAGGAACCCUUCAUCAUCCUCUUCAGUCUCACAUUCGAGCACCUUGAAGCGCCAGACUCACGCUCAAGGGGAAGAAGCAGAAGCGUUGAGUUCAGCAUCCCAGGCGACUCUCAGGAGACCGAAGACCUCAGAGGGACGAGGGGGGCACAAUGCAGAACAUCAGCAGAUGCUUCGAAACCUGGUUCGACUGUCCAUGGCUGCAUUUGGAGACUCCAUUGAGCUUUCCUCUGCUUCCCCAGAAGUGCAGCAGAUCUCCCAGCUCCUCUCUCUCCUCCGGCAGGGUCAGCUGCAGCCAAGGCCCAACUUCAGGGGGAACAAAUACUCUCAUCGCAACGGCAGAUAUGGAGGCCAGGACUGUUCUGAUUGGCAGAGCACCAAAGAUAGCGGACACGGUGAAAGCGAGGCUGGAGAUGUGGACUGGGAACCAGGAAGAGACUCACCUAUUGACCCACAGCUGGAGGAGGGGCUUAACAACCUGCUCAACAACACUGAUGACGUCUUCUCGCAGGUCAGCGAUCCAGCCUGGAUGGCCAGACUCUCUCUCCCACUCACCGCCGAUUACCACGACAAUGUUUUUGUCCCCAAUGGGCCCCCGUCCCCUGAAAGUGAGCUCCUUCCCCGGGACGGCCUGGACUCCUCGUCCUUCUCCACCUUCGGUAAAACUCCAGAGAAGGACGGCCCACUGGGCGGGACCCUCCUCUCUGAGGUCAGCACGCUGUUUGAGAUGCUGAUGACGCAGAAGGCCGACGCCCACCCCGGCCCGCGGCCCGAUGUCCUGUACCGACUCUCUGCAGCGUACCGGCGCUCGCUGGGCUUGGACGGCACAGCCACGACUGCUGCAGGCAACGCACCGAGGAACUGUGGGAACGCUGAGAAGAGGUCGGGCCUGGCUCCACCCUCAGGACUUUAUCACUAAGUCCAUUCGUUGAACACUGAAUAGACUAAGAGCUGACUGAUGCAGCUGAGAUCAGGAAAUUACAGAAAAGGUUUCACACGUAUAUGUGUUUGAGGAGUGUGUUGGGAUUUUAGAGGCAUUACAUGAUAAAAUACUUAAAUAUGAUUUAAAUGACUGAAAUUGUAAAUAAUGCCACAAUAAAUUGCUUUUUGUAGAAUGAGAACUUAAAUAUAAAGGAUGUGUCACUUUCAACACUCCUGUGCCAAGACUGAAGGUCUGAAGAUGCGUUCAGAGUGAACAUGAAGCAAAUUUUUGUCUCAUUUUAUUAACACACAUUUGACCGCUUGGGUGCCUUUGUUGUCCAUCUCACGGUUCACACAUACAGGCUCAAAGACUGGAGAAGCGACGUGAUGCCAGUUGGGCAUUGAGCGUUAAUAAACAUUCAGGCCGUCCAGACACAAAAGCGUAGUGGCACGACAGCGAGGGGUGGAGGAAGUUUCAACUUUUCUACAGGUGACGGAAGCAGAGUUGUUCUUAACUCCACUCAGCUUCAUAAAAGUGAUUUGAACAAAAUGGAGAAAAAUGUUAUCAUAGCAGGAAACGGUUUCCCCGUUCUCUGCGGUAUGACUUUAAUGAGCUACUGGGACUUGAAACAGAAAAAAUGAUGCACGGAAACAGAUCACUCAGGAAAUAAACUACUCCUCAACGCUAAACGCAUCUAAAAACUAUAGACUCGAGAGUCUUCACAUCUUACUAUGAAUAUGUCUGUUUGCGUCUUUCCUUCGACUUUUUGGUUCGUCACGGCCUUUCAUUUUCACUUCACGUUCUCUGGCAGCCCCUACAGGCCGCAGUGUUCAUUGCACCUCAACAUACGAACGUGUUGGACAGAACAAACAACAUGCUGAUCAUUGAGUUGUUCUUAGAGCUUAUUCUCAAGCUCAAAAUGUCAAGUGUGUAAAUUUCAUUUUAAUCUGGGGAGUAGCUGUAAUAUUUAGCUUUGGAUCAAUGUUAAGACAGAUGGACAGACUGACAUCACCAUCCUCAGACCAAUUUAUGAAUACAGAUGUGUUGAAAAUGACUGAUCCUGUUAAAAUGGUGCUACAGUACUUGUUGCAUUAUUACCAUCAAUACAUGAGGAAGCAUCAGGCACUUCAAGUCAGGUUUAAUUAACAGUAAAUGGAAGGAUUGUUUUUUUUGUCCGGCAGAAAGCAAGCCAGACGCCAGAAGGAAAUGUUGCUUUGUCUUUUUGUUUUUCCUCAAGACUGAACAGAAACAAGUUGAAUUCAGGGAAGAAAAAGUGUUUGUUGACAGUAGAGCUGCUCAGUCUGGACCUCCCCUGUUCACCAACUCUGAAAUCCACCUCCCUAUAGUAAACUACUUUAAGAUUACUGCAUAUUAACUGCUGAAUUAUAGGUAGCAAUAACUCUCCAGUCGUCUCUUAAGUUAUUGGUUUAACUUGUAUCCAAAGCUGUCUUAUUUGUAGCUUUUUUCAACUGCAUUUUGCAAACCAGAUGAACAGCACUUUGUACAUAGUCUUUUGUAAAACUUUUUGUAUCAAGAAAACUUUUCUGAAACAUUUUCAUUAAAAGUUAGUUUUGUAAGUUUUUCAAUAAAUUGUGUAUCAUGUUGAAACUGAA